UAUCCCUAUUGAUCCAGGACCAGGUUCUCACAUAUGGGUAAGAGCAUCCUCAAAAUUACAUUGCCCACAUGAAGCAUGCAUAGUUGGGUAGGACAGUAUAAAAAUACACCCGCAAUAUUCUGCUACAAAGCGGGUAACUUUCUAUGCGAGCCAGAAAUGUCACCAUAUGUGCGUUGAAAGGAAGAUUAACACCUCGCGUAGUCCCGUCAAUCAGUUUCUAUCUUGGGAUAGUCAGAAGACGGCAGUACUGCACGACUUUUCUAAAGAUGAGGGGAAGAGAUGCAUCUCUCGUGGAGCCAAUGUCGUUCGGAAUGAGUGCGUUGGCCAUAGGGAGUGCUCAUUGUCCGCAUGCGCCACCAGGUACAAAUUUAGUUGCAUCGACCUUGGUUUCAAUCAAGGCGCAGUUGCCGCCAUUAGAAAUCUAUGUCCAAUACCAAAGUGUGCAUGAAAAUGGCCCGGAAUGCCUGGAGCGAGGGAGGGGAGCUGCUUCCCAAAAAGCCAGUUUCUAGGAU